AAAACAUCUUCUAGCUAUCCAGUCAUUAGCUUUUCAUCUACAGCUCCCAAACACACCCAAGCAUAUAUUAUUUCCAUACUAUCUGACAACAAUGAAGUUCAUUGCUACCAUUGCCGCUACCAUCCUCGCCGCGACGUCUGCCGUUUCUGCCCAGGCCAACUCUCCUCCCAUGGGCGGUGCGUCUCCUCAGGGCGGCAACAUGGGCCCUAUGAUGGGCGCUGAUGCCAAUGCCUCCCCUCAGGGUGGCAACAUGGGCCCUAUGAUGGGCGCUGAGGGCUCCACUCAUGCCGAGGCAUUCAACGGCGCAGAGUCCGCUGGCGGCCCCGCCGGUGCUCGCGGCAAGAGCAUGUGGGCCUACCCCAAUUACAGCGCAUACACCGGCUAUUCUCCAUACAGCGGCUAUGGUGGCUACGGCGGCUAUGGCGGCUAUGGCGGCUACGGCGGCUAUGGUGGCUACGGCGGCUACGGCAACUAUGGCGGUUACGGUGGCUACAGGAUACGCUGGCAGCUACUGGUAAUUUCGAGUACUCUCGACUCGCCGUUUAUCUGUAACCAGUGA